AUGAAUGUAUGUGGGAUUAAUGAAGUUUACAGUAUUUUAGAAGAACCUUCCCAAGACCACUUGGAAAUUUGUGAAAGUACCACUGAUGAAAUCCCUCUUAACGAAGAAACUAAAGUAAAUGAAAGCACUGAAAAGCAUUGUGCAGUUUGGAAUGCUAGAGCUACUUCGAUAUUAUUAAAACUGUAUGAAGAAAAACUAGAGAUGAUAGAAACACCUAAAAAGAAAACAAGAAUAUGGAUAGCAAUAGCAGAAAGCUUAAGAGAUUAUAACAUAGAAAUGACACCUGACCAGAUAAGAUGGAAAAUAAAUGCAUUAACAAAGAAAUAUAAACAAUGUUUGGACACUGGACAACAUGAAAGAUUCAAGUACUUUAAAGCAAUGGAUAAUAUAUAUUUGCAAUAUAAUAUAGAUGGUGACCCUAACACAGCCACAGAAAUUUUCCAAAAGAAAAAAGAUCCUCACAGAUCAAAUAAAUUGGCACAUCAGUUUGGCCAUGAAGCAAGGGCCAUGAUUAAAAUGAGAAAAAUUAGAUUGGCAAAUAGAAUAGAAUCUGACAGAUUUCAAGGUAAAAUACAAUUGGAAAAACAAUGGCUAGAAUACCUUAGGAAGCAAGAAGAACAAAAGCAAUGGAGAGAUGACAUUUAUGAAAGGAAUUUAAGAUUGCGGGAGGAGGAGUUAGAAUUGAGGAAGAGGGAAUUGGAAAUUAAAGAAACAUUAGAACACAAAAAAAUCCAGCUUAUGGAGAGAGAACUUGAUGAUGUGUUGCAGAUUGAAAGAAAAAAAUGUAAACUACUUCAAGAAAUGGUUACCAAGAGAUGA